CCGGCCCGGCCGGCACUCGGCGCCCGCCAUGGCGGGGCCGGGGAAGGGGCCGGGCGGUGCGGAGGAGCCGCCGCCGCUGCUGGUGAAAAUCGUGAUGGCCGGAGAGUCCUGCGUGGGGAAGACCUCCAUCGUGCGGCGGUACACGGAGCCCGGCUCGCCGCCCGCCGGCACUGCCGCCACCUCCUACUUGGCCACGAUCGGCAUUGAUUUUAAAGUAAAGCCAGUAAUGUUUAAUGAUACAAGAGUGAAACUUCAGAUAUGGGAUACUGCUGGCCAGGAGCGAUUCCAUACACUUAGUACUAGCUAUUUCCGUGGUGCACAAGGCUUUGUUCUUGUAUAUGACAUCACAAAUCUGAAGAGUUUUCAGAGUAUAACAAUGUGGAUGCAAGACAUAUAUGAGAAAGCAGGUGAUGAAGUGGACGUAAUACUGUUGGGCAACAAGUGUGAUAAGGAGUCAGAACGUGUAGUUCCAAAACAGAAAGGAGAAAAGAUUGCUUGGGAAUAUGGAAUACCAUUUUUUGAAACCAGUGCUAAAGAUAAUGUGAACAUUGAGCAUGCAUUCUCAAUCUUGACUAAGGAAAUACUGGAAAAGGGAGUGGUUAAAAGCUCUAGAGCGGUUCCACUUCUGUGCCAGGACGAUUCCCUUUUCUUCCAAGUUUCUGCAGAAUGUGCACACAGUGAAGAUGCUGUAUGCUGAUGUAAUCAGUGGACCUUUUAUGUUUAGCAAUCAAAUGUUUUAUACAAGCUUCAUAGCUGUUUGUUUGACUGAUUUACGCUAGUGCUUUUGAAGUUAUCAUGACCUAAAGAUUUGAGUUAAUUAGUAGUGGAAUCAAUAUUGUAGCUGUCAGAGUCAGCAUCUCUGACUCGAGUGUGUUGGCUUAAAAGUCCUUAUUCCUUGGAGUUGCAAUACUUUUGGAGGACUGAAUUAUUGUUCAUUAGCUCUGAAAAUGUUUUGCAUUGUAAUUUAUUUUUAGACAGUAGAAUAUUAUUUUAGACAUUAAUAGAUGUUCUUCAUGCAAUGCAUUACCAUUGCCAUUCAUCACCAAUAUUAGUUAUACAAAACUAACCUUCCAUUCUGAAUACUGUUGAAAUCAUAAUAAAGAUAAAUGAGCAAAAUUACUGACAAAGUCACAAGUUGCAGUGUUUUGAUUAAGUAGCCAUAGGGGAUGGUCAGAGUAACAGCUCUGGGUUGGACUGCUUCUAAGUCAAGGUCCUGUUGUAAUAUAUAACAUAAGCUGUAGUUGGUUAUUUUAGGGUAUACAAAAGAAGGAAAAAAAUCUUUUGAUUACUCUAGCAUGAAAAUGAAGCACAGCAACUUGACGGUCAAAUAUUGUUUAGAACAGGAUGAUAAUGGCAGGUCCUUGAAUAGUUGGGAAAAAAAUCUCAAAUAAGGUAACUCUGAUUUUGUUGUAAAUUAAAAAGACAUUGCUGUAAACGGAGAAUAUAUUAGUGUGUUAGUAUGAAGCAUGAAAAUACAAAACAAUAGCUAUGAUCAUAACUGCUACAAACAUAGGUAUGUGUGAAGUGAGCAUUUCUGCACGGUGCAUCUGGGUAAGAUCUAAGAAUUCUCUCAGUGUGAAGAAAUGGUACUUGGUUAUUUCUCACAUUAAGAUUGCCUGCACUUACUUUAGUGUAAGUGGAAUUUCAGUAUUCCUACUCAUCUUCAUGAAAAUUCAUGGGGUUUUUAGUGUGGACAUGGCAAAUUCAGACCACGUUGAAAAUGUUAUACCGCUGCAUGGUUUUAAUUAGAACUGCUUUGAGCAGUUGUAUGCUCUGCUUGCAUGUAUGUGUGUUUGGGAAAUAUGCCCAUGAGAAUUUGUUGAGUUUGUCUGUAGUAACAGUUCACCCUAGCUAGAAAUGUUUGGAAUCCUGAUGGGGCAUCACAUACCAUUACUUUGGUGUAUAAUUUGCCAUUUUUAGUGAAAUGGAUUUGUUGAUUUAAACAAGGACUCCUUUAGCCCAAUUGGUUUUUCCACUGGCCUGAUAAGAGAAUUUGCAGUAAAAAAAAAAAAAAAAAAAAUCUACCAUACAGUUUCAUCAUGGUUUUCAGGUUCGACAAAAUAAUUUGCCUGUUCACAAAACUGUGAAAUCUGAAUGUAGUACUUGAAUUUUAACUUCCUCUAACUGAUGAAAUUUUGGAGAAGGGAAAAUGCAGUAGGAAGUGUGACUAGUAGCUGUGGAAAAUGACAUGAUAGAUGCCAGUCUGAGAUCAUUUUAGUCAUAUAUCCAUUCUGUAGUGGUGAAAUACAUACUUGCUGAUUGUAAAAAGGAGAUAACAGCUUUGCAUAUUGUUUUGGCCCAAGACACCUAUGUCUGAGGAUAUCAAGCCUCCCAUGGUUCUGCAAUAGGACCACCUCCCUAGACUGAUGAGAUGCUUCAGUGGAAGCAUGUCAUUGCUUUAGCAGUCCCACAGAGGAAACUCAUUUUAAGGAACUCCCUAGAAAAGUCUAUUAUGGCCAUGCUUUUGGGAAGUAUGUGAAGGUCAUUCAGAGGUAAGAUAAAUAGGCAAAGGCAGGCUGACAGGCAGCAGACCUUUUCAGAGACAUUGCAGUAGUUUGUAUUAAUCUGAGGAAAUCUAGGAUUUUUUAUAUACACUCUCACCUACCAUUUACUACAGGCAUUUCUUUAUUAACUAAAUGUACAGAAAACACUCUGUAGAUGGUGAAGAUUGGUGUCCAGAGUUAUAGAGCUCAUACAGAAGUACUAAGUUUCUUAAUUCUUUUGAAAUUUAGGACAACUUGUUGUUCAGUGAAGGAUCGGGGGCAGGGGGAACAUACUGAAACGUGUCAUACAUUUAAACAAAACAAAAGGCAAGUUUGUAUUGUCACUAUUUUGUGCUGCAUUUUCCUAUCUCUUCAUUUGUGUUUUUCUUGUAGUGAGUUUAAGGGACAGAGAAGACUUCUAUAUCCCAUCAAUUCAGAUAACUAAAGUACUGCUUGAUGUUUCAGACACCAUCUCAGCCAUUCUAUGCUUGGGCUCAGUCCUACAGCUCUAAUUUACAUGGGUACUCUCACUAAAACCAUCAGAUAUUAUUUGACAGUUUCCAUUGGUAGCAUCUAAGGAGUCAUACCAUAUUUCCGAGAAGUCACAAUUUUCAAACCAAUCAGUUAAUAUUAACUGAAUGCAAUACUUUAAUUUUAACUUCCUCUGACUGAUGAAUUUUUGGAGAAGGGCAAUAAUAGCUGAUUUGAUUCUAUUUGAAAGGCUGCAGUGGAAAUAGAUGUUAAUGACAGAUUAUUCCAGAAUAUUGCUUAGACAUGUUGACAAAUUACAACAAUAUUUUAUUUAUUUGCAAUUCUUAUAAGUCUCAGAUAUGCCUAAACCUGUUCAGUAAUAGAUGACAGCUGUUCUUUGACAAUGCUUCUGGUUGCCAGUGAACUACUUUUACUUGCGAGUUAGUCCUCAAAAACCAACCAAAACCAAACAAAUACCACCCAGAAUGCAGUUAACAUUUGCAUUUUUGUGUUGUUUGGUGUCAUGGCUGACAAGCAGUACUUUUCUCAACUAGCUUUAAAAAAAAUAUUACGAACCUGUGUAUUUAUAUCUUUGUGUGUGUGGUUGUUGGUAUUUUCUAAAAUAGGAGCAGAAGGAGGGAACUGUAUUAAAAAAAAAAGAAAAAAGGAAUUAUGUUUACACCUUUUUCUGAAAACUGCAAUAAAACUUAACCAAAACUUAAGUUCUGCCUACCUCCCAAACUGACUACUAAGAUUAUUUUAAUCAUAUUGAAUAAAUAUGUAUCUGCUGAGUAGAGAACAGUGAAAAUCCAUUUAAGACCUUGCCCUGUGCUGUUGAGAGCAACAUUUAAUGUUUAACAGCUGGAUGUCAUUUGAGAUGAAGAUUCUGAAAUAGCAGGCCUCAAUUCUGCCCUUCCUUCAUUUCUUUACCUUCCUUUCCUGUGGCAACAGAUUUUUGAGAUUACACUGUGUGUCCCAUGCCUGCACUCCUUAAGUACCUUUGUAACUUGUUAGCUGAUUUUAAGCAAACCUGACUGAUCAAACUAAGAGAUAAUUAAGCUCCUGAGGAGUUCCCUGAAAAUAAGGUAAGAUGCAAGAGUACUCUACAAAAGGAAAGUCUCCAGCAUUACUUCAUACAGUGUUGGACAGAGACCACUCUAUAGAGAGACUGAAAAAUGCUUCGACCAGCCAUUCCAGCUGGAACUUGCAUCAUAGAUAUCAAAUUUAAUUCACAUCAAGAUCCAAAUCCAUAGGAAAUCGGAUUUCAUUAUUGCUGAGGUUCAUGGAAUUGUUAGUUUGUCUAAAAGAUCCCUGUCUCCAGCAGUGCAUACUCAGUGUUUCUUUAUUAUCCUCAGUCAUGCAUGGAGCCCCAGGCUUUGUUUGCCCUUUAUUUAUCUUGUACUGACCACAGAAUAUUAAUUCCUUCGAGAGGGUUUUCAUAAUGCUUUUAAUGCUGUACUUUAGAUCUAUUUUAGAUUUUUAUCUCCGUAACCUUCUUAGUAACAUUAGGUAGUAUAUUCAGCAUUGCACACAUGGGAACCAAGGUACAGAGAUUAAAGCAAAGAGGAUAAAUGGUACCAACUCUCUUAGUGUUGGUGCAGUGUAAGGCAUAAUUUAACUACACUAUCUUAUUUAAUUUAAAAUAAAAAAAGCCCCACUGUUCUGGACGUUGAAUGAGCCGGAUAUUCUUCUGGAAACAGUAGUAUAUAAUUAGGUUAUGUAAAUCAAAACUUAAUCACAAUGUCUGAGUAUAGGGGAUGAGAUUCAUCUUGAUGUGCAACCUUAGCCAGCUAAAAUCUGCAUGACUGGUCUGGUUGUCUGGAAUCAUCUCUAUACAAUAGAAAGAGAUGAGUCUUUUUAGGAUAAAAUUUUGUUCUGGAGGUGCGUUUCUCUUUCCCUUGAUUAUAGGGGGUUCCAUAUCUCAGGCUAUAUGGUUUCAUAUAAUUCAAAUUAAAUAAAUUAAACUCCAGGAGACCAAAAGAAUGUUACAGACUUGACUCACUUCUGGCAGUUACUGCUUCUGUGGGAUCUUGGUUUUGAAGAUGUAUUACUCUCUUAAAUGGGGCUGUUGAGGUGCAACUAUACUAAACCUUACCUCAAUGAUUUGUAGGGUUGAGGAACCUUACAGGAGGACCACAGUUGUCUUCUCAAGUUUGUGAACUAAUUGCAGUACAACAUCAUUACAUUCUACCUGGUAUUAACAGAAGAGGGAGAUAGAGCCCCACACUUUGCCAGUGGGUUAGGUGUUUUAGACAUGGUGGAAUAGCAGGUUUUGGGAGCAAGGCCUUCAUCAACAUUUCUUGAGGAACAUAUUCAGCAGCAGUUAGAUUCUCCUCUCCCACAGAGAUUACCUUCCCUGUUAAUAUAUCCCUAGCUCAUGUUUAACACUGCUUGUGCCAUGCCCUGCCCAUUGCUGUUGUGAGAAGACUGUCUUUCAUUUUGAACAAGUAAUUUGAAUUACAGAAUAUAGGGAAAAUGCACAGAAAGUGUCAUGACUGUUCAUAACUGAGCUUCCUCUACUGGCAGUUCAGGAACAAAAAUAACAUGGACUUGGUUGCAUCAAGUUCUCUGCCAUGCUUUGUCAGUCUUUGUCAACUAUCAUUGUUAAAUAUAAACAAAAUUAUUUCAGUGAUUAAGGAGGAUCAUUUUGUCAUUAGAAUAAAAAUCCUCAGAAUGUAAAGAAGUUAUAAAUAAUAGGAACCUCAGUUACAGUCCCUUCUUGUUUCUCCAAAACUACUAGUUUCAAGCAAGCACUCCAAGUCUGACUUUGACUGGGGGCUUGAUAUGGAUAGAGUAAAAUUCUGUCAUUCUUCUGAACCCACAGUGAGCCUCUUCUCUGAAAUAACUAAACCAGUAUCAAGGGACCAAGAACUGGUGCUUGAGUAGGUGAAUCAUCUGACUUUGUAUGGCACAGUUGAUCUGAGCAGUUUUUGCAGCAAGGAAAUCUUAAUGAAGAUUUACAGAUUUACCUCAUUAGAAGCCUUUCAAAGAGUUUGUCUUUUCGUUACAUUUCCCUUUGUAUACCACCUUAGCUUUCUUUCUCUGAUUAAAAAAAAAAAUUGGAAUCUAAGCCAUCUCAUCACAAUUCCUGU